AUGAAUGGCUCAUCGAGUGAUGAGCUGCUUGCACUCCGUCUUAUUGAAGAAGAUGAACGUCUUCAGCCCGAAUGGGGUUAUCUCACAUUAGCCAUUGUACCAUUUAUUUGUAUUAUUGGUAAUUGUAUGGUCGUGGCGGCUGUAUGGACAACACGAAGUCUACAAACUCCUACAAACCACUUACUGGUGUCUUUGGCUAUGGCUGACCUCAUCGUCGGUGCUUUCGUGAUGCCAUUUAGUAUAUACUUAUCGAUAAACGGUCUCCAUUGGCAUUUACCUCUACCGAUCUGCCAUUUUUAUUGCGUACUUGACGUUGCUGCAAGUACAUCAUCAAUAAUACAUUUAGUAAUAAUAAGUAUUGAUCGGAUUUUACUUAUUUCGAACGUUCUUUGUGGGGAAUUAGUUAUUGAGAAGAGCGCUUCUAUGCGAUUCCCUAUGAAGUCUUCAAAUCUCAGCUGCUAUACUCGCCUCAUUAGAUUGGUAGCAGCAACAAAACCAGCUGAGUACAAAACAAUGAAGCACAAGAAACGUGUCUACGUAGCAAUUAUCCUUACAUGGAUAUUUAGCAUAGGCAUGUCUCUACCACUAGGUACUGGCUUCAAUACACGAACAAAACACUUCCUACUUACUGAACAUCAUUGUGGAAUCUAUAAUCCAUUAUAUAUGUUAGGCAGUAGUAUAUUUGCCUUUUAUUUACCAUGUUUUGUCAUGUUAAUCACUUAUGGAUACAUUUUCUACACAUUACGUAAACGUCUACGAGCAAUUCAAUUACAGGAGAUGGCUGGCGGGCAAUUUUUAGGUUUUGGUGCUGAUGUCGGGAAUAUAACAACGUCUGCCAUUCAAUCCGUAAUUGGUAUCGCACCAAAAAAUCGAAAUAUGAUCACAUGGGAGAAACCAUUAUUAAGAAAAAUUGAAGAAACUGCUGCUGAACAUGCUAGUUCAUUGAACGAUAGCGAACGAGAACAGCUCCAAACAAUCCUUGAAGCCGUUCAUCCUUCCUCAUCUGGAAGUCAGGAUAAUACAACUAUUGAAGAUGAGAAUGAACGACCACCGUCUGUUUUAUUGGAAGCGGUCACCUUAAGAUGUGAAAAUUCUAAUCAUGGGCCGAUGUUGGAACUCCCGCAACCAACAUACGCAAAGAACAUGUCUCGACGAUUUUCUGAUGCUGUUCACUCAAUUUCUGUUCGAGGUAGGAAGAAAUCAGUCAGUUUCGGUGCCGUAAACGAUAGACGUCGACAUUCGGAAUAUCCGACAGCAUGUGAUGAGGAUAGUCGUGAUCUGCACAGCUUGAAGCCUCCUUUGAAGUUGUCGCAUUCUCUGCCUACAACUACUGUAGUAAAAGCCACAUGUGUUCACGAGGAGCACAACGGUUGUUGUGUGAGUAGAGUAGAAAAACGAAAAAUGAGACGUCUCUCGGAGAUCAUCUCAGACUGGGAUCGUCCAUCUCGAACUUCACUCUCACAUAUGUACACGUAUGCUCGACGUGAAAGUGUGUAUAUAGCGAGGAAAAAGUUGGCUGGAUUAAAGGAUUGGGCAUUGGAUUUGUUGGCAAAGUUGAAAUCAAAACAAGGAAUGGCAAUCCGUCGUGAAGCACGUGCCACAAAACUUGUAGCUACAGUUAUGGUGGUGUUUCUCGUCUGUUGGUUGCCUUUCUUCACAUUGAACAUGAUUAAAAUCUACAAACUUAUCUAUAACUCUUGGCCUGUGGAUUUGGAGAUAUGGUUCCAUUGGUUCACCGCUCUCGGUUAUCUUAACUCCUCAUUAAAUUUCUUCAUAUACUCAACUAUUAACCCCAAAUUCCGUCACUCCUUCAGAAGACUACUGGGAUUCCGUCGAUCCAGAAGACGAAAGGAAAAGUCUUGGAUGCUUCCACCUAAAGAAAGCAGCAAAGGUCCAGCUAAGUGUGGCUGUGGAUUCAACAAAAUCGUCAAAGUACCGUUACGAAGGGUCAGUUCGGUCGGGCCAUUGGCGAAUCGAAAGAUUUCGAUGCAAAAACCGGAGAUUAUCAUCGACGAAAUAUCGCCGAACCGGUUUUCCAUAUCGGCUGGAGAGUUUCUCGUAGACACUUCAGGACUCAUAAAACUUGGAUUAUUGACUUUACUACUAUCAAGUACGUUACGAUGGCAAAAAAUCUACUAUGAAAUUAAACAAAUUCAAUUUGAAGAGCGAUUUUUAGCAGAUGAAAAGUUGAAUUCUUAUUUACUGGACCGACUAGGACCAGCUGGACUGGAAACAGCUCGUCUCACCUUCAUUAAACUCUGUCGAUCUGUAUCUCAUUGCGGGAUUGUACCACCGUUCAUUCACUACGAAAGUAGAUAUAUGGUUGCACCGAAAUAUCGUACAACCACUUGUGUCAUCUAUAAGAAUAUGUCUACAAUUAUGACAGCAAUUAUGUGUUACCUUUAUGACGUCAUAGCAUAUAAAAACAAUAUAUUCGAUAUGAUUGCGGAUAUUUAUCCAAAGAGAUUCUGCAAAGGAAAGAACGAAUAUGAGACUAGUCGAGUUCUGGAUCACUUCCGUAACUCAUCGUCUGAGAUAGAUCUUCCAUGGUUUCAAAUACUCGUGGUACGGGAACCGUUAGAACGAUUCCUCUCCGGAUUCGUACAUAAAUGUGUAAGGGAAGUAGGUCGAGCGAACACAUGCUAUGGUUGCGGUGAAAAUAUUCAAUGCGUUAUGGAAAAACAGUAUGAACGAUUAAUGGGUAAAGCACAAAUAUCCUCGAUUGUUCAUACUAUCGAGGAUGCACAUUUUGCGCCGCAAACAUGGCACUGCGAAUUACGAGAGAAUUUUCGUAAAUUCACCAUUGUGAAAUACAACGAAACAGACACUGGAGCUAUGUUGAAUGAACUUGAAGGUCAUCUCAGAAAUCGUGGAAUAGAACAGGAUAUUCUUAAAGAUAUACGUUCUCAGGUUCUACGGAGGAGGACUUUCCACUCUACUCACAACAACAAAAAACGAGCUAUGUUCGAAAAUCAAGUGCGAUCUUCCCCAUAUCUCAUGAGAUUGCUCGUUAAAAUGUUCUACUAUGAUUAUUUGUUGUUCGGAUAUCCUCUACCUCAAAUACAAUGA